AUGGAUGUCGAAAAGCACAACACGCUCGCGCUCUCGGAGAGCCCCAAGGCCCCGAGCAGCAGCAACGAUGAGCAUCACUUUGCUCUCGAGCAUGCCGAGACUUUCCAGACUACCUACGAGCAGCCUUUGCACUCCGGUCUGUACAAAGAUGGCGAGCUCAUCAAGAUGCCUGCCGCCAGUCGCGAUCCCAAAGAUCCGAUGAACCUCCCCGUCUGGCGCAAAUUUCUCGGUCUUCUCUGCUUGUCUUUUUUCGGUGCUCUCAUCGCAUCUGCUGAGCUGAUUCUCGGUGCCGCGCUGCCGGUCUUCGCCGUCGAGUAUUCGCCUUUAUUCCAACCUCCGAACAAGACCCCCGAAGAAGCCGGUCCCGCCCCCUACUUCAAGACGUUGCAAAACGCCGGCACUGGUUUCCCUGCGGGCUCUAACCCUCUCGUCUUCCUGGAGCUUUUGGGAGGCCCGCCGAUCUUCGAAAUCUAUUACUUGGCCACCUUCCCUCUGCUGGUCAUUGGUGUUUCCAACUUGUUCUUGGUGCCAUUGGCUAUCGCUGUUGGUCGUCGCCCAGUCAUCAUCUUCACUGGUCUCAUGGCUAUCGCUGGAGCGUCAUGGGCCGGUGAAAGUAACUCUCUCGCAACUCACGUUGCGGCGCGUUGUAUCCAGGCCGUCGGCGCUGGCUCCGUUGAGAGUCUGAUUCCUUUCAUCAUCCAGGACAUUAUCCACGUUCACCAGCGUAACACUUGGAUCUCUGGCGCUUUUGCUUGCCAGGGCUUGGUCAUCAUCGCUAUUGGUUUCUCCGCUCCCUACAUGAUUGUCAACCUUUCAUGGAGAUGGCUUUACCACAUUACUGCUAUUGCCGCCAGUUUCUUCUUGAUCGGUAUCAUCGCUUUCCUGCCGGAAACCCGCUGGCCGCGUACCCGUGCUGAGAUGAACGGUAUUCCUCGUGAUGAUGCCCACAUUCACUAUAGCCCGCGCACCUGGAAGACCGACCUAUCCAUCUGGACCGGCGCCGCAUGGAAGAAAGGAGCCAUGGCUUUUUUGGAUACCAUGCAGACAUUCUUCUACCCCUCGAUUCUGUUCGUCACUCUCUUGAACGGAUCCGUCAUCGCCGCCGUCUUCGCCGCCGGCUUUACUGCGGCGCCUGCUCUUCUCACUGUCCCAUGGAACUGGCCUUUCGACCACAUUGGUCUCUGUUUGAUCCCCGUCCUGAUCGCCGCGCUGUUCGUCGGUGUCACUACUGGUCCCGUUGCUGACUGGUUCGCCAACCUCAUCGCCAAGAAGCGUGGUGCUCGUAUCCCAGAGAACCAGCUUAUCAACUUGUUCCUCCCAUGGGCUUGCAGUCUCCUCGGUGCGCUGCUCUUCGGAAUCUCCGCCCAGCACAAGGAGCAAUACCACUGGAUCGUCUUCCUGCUCGGACUCGCGUUCAUGGCCUUUGGUUUCCUCGGAACCAGCACCAUCACCACCGUCUACGUCCUAGAAUGCUACCCGCACAUCGCCGGUCCUGCGCUCGUCAAUGUCGCUUCUUUCCGUUUCAUUAUGGCCUUCUUCCUCACCCUCUGGGCCUCGGACUGGAUCGUCGACCUCGAGUACGAGAAGACUUUCCUCAUCUACGUCGGUCUCAUCGCCGGAUGCGGUCUGUUCAUUCCGUUCGUGUACUACUUCGGCCCUUACUUCCGAAGGCGGUUCCCCGCCACUCGCAUGGCCGCUCGCAGCCACGACUAG